AUGAAAAAUUAAACCAAUUAAUCAGAGAUUUGCUAAUAUUGCAAUUUAAGUGAUUGUGAAUGUUCAGACCAAGAAGAUUGGGACAGUUGUGAUUCACCUAAACCAAAAACCCUCUAUUCUUUUAAAGAAAUCAAUUUACAAAAUAAAUCCUUAUUAGCUGAAAUCAGAAUAAUUUGCAAGAAUCUCAUAUAUGUAAUUGGUUUAGCACCUAAUAUUGCUAAAGAAGAUGUAAUCUUAUAUUUUUAUUACAGCAAUUAAAAAAACUUGAAUAUUUUGGUCAAUAUGGAUAAAUCUAAAAAUUAAUUGUGAUUCAAAGUAAUACUUUUAAUCCCCCAUCUCAUGCUGCUUAUAUUACUUAUCGAAAUGAAUAAGAAGCAUCAUUAGCAAUCUUAGUAAAUAUAAUUAUUAUUUAUUUGUUUUGGCAUGUGAAAAAUUUCCCUUACACGACAGAUAAGUUAAAGCUUCUUUUGGAACCACCAAAUAUUGCACAAACUUCUUAAAAGGUUAAUAAUGUAAAAUCAAGGAUUGUGUUUACUUACAUCAGCACCCAAAAGACAAAGACAAUACACAAGUAUUGAAAAAAGUAUGCACUUUUAAUUAUAUUUAGG